UAUUUCUAUAAAUUUAGCACACCUCCAGAUCUACUCAUUCUGCAAAAUGCCUCCAAAACGAUCCAAAGCUUCAAUUGACACCGAGAAAGUUGCAUCGUCUCUCUUUAAGACGAUUCAUGUUCCUGAGAGGACGUCAAUUAAAGCAUUUGUAGAGAAAAACAAGUUAGAGUUUGCUGCUGGUCGAGGAUUCUACCAACUCAACAAGCCCGAAACAAUACAGUUUCAUAAAGAAAUUGUUGUGAGAAGAAAAUCUGAUGGCGCGUUUGUCACUGGAGAUGAGCUCCGACCAAUACUUGGAAUCUCAAAAGAGACCACCAAGUUUAAAAUGGAUAAAGAAAAGCUUGAAGACUUUGAUGUCUUCAUCCAAUCCACAUCGUACAACAGAAUUCUCUUGCCAGACACAGACUUCUUGUACGAUACAGGAAAGGAAAGUGAUGCGGCAUCAGCUAAACCCAAAGCCACCCCAGCUGCUGCUUCUACUGCUACUAAAACUAGAGGCAAAGGAAAAAGAAAAGCAAAGGAGCCAGAAGAAGAAACAGCAAAGGAAGAAAUUCCGAAGCCCUCUCCAAGUAAAAAGUCAAAACCAGAGGCUUCGUCUUCUGCUGCCAGCUCUGCAGAGGUUUCUAGCGACGUCAAGGAAAUUGUGUUUUCCUUUGACACUACUGGGUCCAUGUAUCCUUGCCUAACACAGGUUAGGAACAAAAUAGAGCAGACUGCUAACCGUCUAUUAACUGAAGUAAAAGGAAUGAGAAUCGCGAUAUUUGCCCAUGGGGAUUAUCAGGAUAAGAGAGCGACAUAUGACACAACAUGGCUGGACUUUACCACUGACAAGAAAAAGAUCGCUAAGUUUGUCAAGAACGUGUCGUCAACGUGUGGUUAUGAUUCAGAUGAAUGCUAUGAAUUGGUUCUUAGGCAGGUGCAAACAGAGCUUUCCUGGACACCAGGUUCCCAGCGAGCAUUGGUCAUGAUAGGUGACUGUUGUCCACACCCUCCUAAUUACCCCCUGAACACCUUAAAAAUCAACUGGAAGAACGAAGCUAAGAAGUUAUAUGAAGAGCUUGGAGUGCGCAUAUACUCCAUCCAAUGCCUUGGUUAUUCAGGGGCCAAUACCUUCUACAAGCAGUUGGCUGAACUGACAUGUGGAUGGCAUCUAAAACUUGACCAGUUCUCAACCAUUGUAGAUUUCUUGACUGCAAUCUGUUACCGAGAGCAGGGAAUUGAGAGCUUGCAAACUUUCGAGGAUGAAGUCCGUGGACGAGGAUCUGGUAUGAAUCGAAGCCUCCACAAGCUUUUUGACACGCUGUCGGGCCGUACUACCACGUACGAGGCUGCCUCCGAAGGUCACGCUGACUUUAUACCUGUUGAUCCGUCCCGCUUUCAAAUCCUUGAUGUUGAAGAACGAUGCGACAUCAAAUCGUUUGUUCAAAAUCAUUCACUGAUCUUCAAAACUGGAAAGGGAUUUUACGAGUUUACCAAGCCUGAAAAGAUCUCGCAUAAGAAGGAGGUGGUUAUUGUACUCAAAUCCACAGGAGAUAUGUACACUGGUCAGGAAGUUUGUGAUAUGAUUGGCGUUAAGGGUGAUGGGAAGAUUAAGGUGCCAUCUGAUUUUGAGAAAUGGCGGAUCUUCGUACAAAGCACGUCGUAUAAUCGAGUUCUGAUGCCAGGAACUGGGUUUCUAUACGAAGUAGAUACUGAUCAUUAGAAAAAACGUUAAAACCCACGCUUUUCCACCCUAUAUGUACUUUGCAGACAUUUUUAUUGUUGUCCGGAGGAAGCAUGUUAAGAAAAGAGUAAAUUGCACAAAAUUGCAAUAUCGUACAUAUUCAGCUAUUUCAGAGAACGUUCUAUACUGAUACAGUCAACUCUCGCUAUUACGGACACAAUCGGGACCGUAAUUCAGUGUCCGCAGUAGUGAGAGUCCGCAGUAGUGAGAGUCCGUAGUAACGAGAGUGACUUUCAAUCAUUUCUUUGUAUUUUUUGCCGGGGAUUCAGUAUUUUACUGUCCGCAAUAUCGAGGUGUCCCGGCGUUGUAGCGGGGUGUCCGUAAAGCGAACGUUGACUGUAGAUACUGUAUUCAAAUACCAAAAUGCAUUCUUUGGUUGUACUAUCGCCGUUCAAAAGGAGUUUUCAUGGCUUCAGAGUGACUAUACAAGCUCCGUACAGUCGAAAAAUCGAAUGAAAUAAGAUUAGAAUUGUCACUCUGUAAUGCAGCUGACAUGAGUUUAAUAGCAACAAUGCAUUGCGGUCUUGGAAUGCACUAUGCAGAAUAAAGUGCUCAUGGCUUUACACUCUCCAAAGAGUAUAAAUUCAAUUUGUUAUUAUGUAGUUUAUUAGCAACAAUGCAUUGCGGGCUUGGAAUCCUCUAUACUAAAUGCAGUAUUCAAUAUUCAAGUAGACGUACACUCUCUAAAGAGUAUAAAUUCAAUAUUUCUAAUUAUGCACCUUGUAAAGGAUUACACUUAGAUUAAGGGAACUGUCACAGGAAUCUUGUUGUACAAUGAAUCAUUUUAUUUAAUUUAUAGUUAAUGGGAAAUUCAGCAAUUAAAAUAUGUUAUUCACAAA